CCUGCCUCACAUGAAGAGAAAUAUAGUCAUUUACUUUAGUAUUUUAAAUUUGUAAAAUGGAUUCGAAGAUAUGUUUAAUAUUGUUUUAUGGGUUGAGCAUAGUAGCAGGGAAUCGGGAUUUGACGUUGGAGUAUAAAUGGGAUGUGAAUGAGAAUUCUACAGAACCGAGUACUGGACAUUAUACAGGAUCAGUGAUUCUGAAACAGUCAACUUGUUACCUUUUGAGUCAAUGUGCCAGACAGUGUCACACUGAGCCAAGAUGUCACUCAUACAGUUAUAACACACAAGAGAACUUGUGUGAGUUAAAUCUGCCUGGUGAAGCUGACUUGUUUGAAAUCACGGAGACCUUUAUACAUUACCCUAAGGAUUAUCUCACUAUUGAUGUGGAAGCCCUGGGAAUCUGCGCUAGUGCUCCUUGUUCUAAUGAUGCCUACUGCAUUGACACAAAUGGCAUGAAUAAUAGCCGCUCUUUCAUAUGUAUCUGUGGUGAAGGAUUCAUUGGAGAAACUUGUGAAAUUGAAGCUCCUAAGCCUGUGUGGGAGGAGUGGAGUGACUGGACAUCAUGCUCAGUGACAUGUGAAACUGGCUAUCAACAAAGAAGCAGGGGGUGUGUUGAUGCAGAGACUGGGGAGGGAAGAUCUCCUCUAGACUGUUAUGGGGCAGAUGUGGAGUACCAAGUCUGUACACUAUCCAAAUGUCCAUACUGGGAGCCCUGGUCUGCCUGGGAUGAGUGUUCCAGUCAUACAACAUGUGGAAGGGGCCUGAAGUCCCGCUCUAGGGCUUGUAUGUAUGGAGGCACCAUAGGAGUAGAUAGGCUCUGUAUGGGACCUAAUGAGGAGACUUCACCAUGUCAUGUAUCUGCCUGUGAUGGUGCAGUGGUACUAGCUGAUGGGGCACAGUAUGGGGAAGGUAUAGUGAGAUUGUAUGACACUCUGCAACACACAUGGACCCAUAUAUGUGCUGACAGCUCUUGGGACAUCCAGGAUGCUGAUAUUGUCUGUAAGCAGAGAGGGCUUGUCGGAGCAGCAGAAGUGUACAGUGUAGAGGGUAAUAUGCCAUUUGUGUUUGGUGAGGUGGCAUGUAAUGGGGAUGAGGUCUCUAUACAGGAAUGUAGACACAGUGGUUGGGAUGUCUUCACCAAAUGCCAGACUGGGGCAGCUGCUGUUAGAUGCAUUGUGAAUGGAGACUGGAACAUUUGGGGUGAUUGGAGUGAGUGCUCCGUGACAUGUGCUGAUGGUGAACGUCUACGUCAUCGUGUGUGCGACCAUCCCCCUGCUCUGCACGGGGGUGAGGUGUGCCAGAGUGAGGCUGUCCAGAGUAAGCCAUGCUCUCUGCCUCCCUGUCCAGUUGAUGGAGUAUGGGAGCCAUGGUCAUCUUGGGGUAGUUGUGAUCUGUCCUGUGGUGGUGGUGUACAGUGGAGGGACAGAUCAUGCCUAGGACCAUUCUAUGGUGGCAAAUCAUGUGAGGGUCCUAGUAAUGACAGUAGGGACUGUAAUACUCAGCAUUGUCCAGUUGAUGGCGUAUAUGCAGCAUGGAGUGAGUGGGACACCUGCAGUCUAACAUGUGGAGGUGGAUCGCAGAGCAGGUACAGGUCAUGUACUGGACCCUUCUAUGGGGGAGCUGAGUGUGAAGGACCAGAGAAAGAAACACAAGAUUGCAAUACACACAACUGCCCAGUUGAUGGUGUUUACUCUACCUGGUCAGAAUGGAAUACCUGUAAUGUUACCUGUGCAGGUGGGCAACAAUCUCGUUAUCGCACCUGUGAUGGGCCUUACUUUGAAGGUGAUGACUGUCAGGGUCCAGAUUUGGAAUAUAGGGACUGCAAUACACACUUUUGCCCAGUUGAUGGUGUAUAUGAGGAAUGGUCAUCUUGGAGCUUAUGUAAUGUGACAUGUGCUGGGGGCAUGAGAGGACGUAGUCGCACCUGUGUGGGGCCUUUCUAUGGGGGUGCUGACUGCAUUGGCCCUGAUAUAGAGAAACAAGAGUGCAAUACACACUUCUGCCCAGUUGAUGGAGUAUGGGGAGAGUGGUCAGAUUGGGAUAUGUGUAGUGUCACAUGUGCCGGGGGCUUUCAGACCAGAGUCAGAGAGUGCCAGGGACCUUACUAUGGGGGGGCUGAGUGUCCUGGCCCCAGCAAUGAGACACAAGCUUGCAAUAAACACUACUGCCCAGUUGAUGGGGUAUGGCUGUCAUGGACAGGUUGGAGUCUAUGUAGUCUGACAUGUGCCUCUGGGCAACAAGAACGCACCAGGGUAUGUGAAGGUCCUUUCUAUGGUGGAGCGAACUGUACUGGCCUUGCCUUGGAGACUCAGUAUUGUAACACAUAUGAUUGCCCAGUUGAUGGCUCUUGGAAGGAGUGGUCAGAUUGGUUCCCCUGCAAUGUUACGUGUGGUGGUGGCAGACAAUUGAGGGUGAGAGACUGCCAGGAUGCCCAACAUGGGGGAGAGGAAUGUAGUGGACUUGCAAGACAGUACCAAGACUGCAACAUUCACUUCUGUCCAAUUGAUGGAAUGUGGGAAGAAUGGAGUGUAUGGGACUCAUGCACUACAUCUUGUGGUGGAGGCACACAGAACCGAACUAGAGUGUGCUCAGGUCCAUUCUAUGGGGGUAUAGAAUGUCCAGCUACAGCGUCAGAACAACGUGUUUGUAAUUCUCACCACUGCCCUGUUGAUGGAGUGUAUGAGUCUUGGUCCAACUGGACGAUGUGUGAUGUGACAUGCGGGGGAGGUAACCAGGAAAGAACUCGUGAAUGUAUUGGCCCCUUCUAUGGUGGAGCUGAAUGUGGGGCACCUAGCAAGGAGAGCAGGACUUGCAAUGAACAUAACUGCCCAGUGGAUGGAGUAUUCAGUAAUUGGACAGAGUGGAACCAGUGUAAUGUAACAUGUGGAGGGGGCACCCAGUUGAGGACUAGGGUGUGUGUGGGACCCUUUUAUGGAGGGGCAGACUGUUUGGGUCCAAGAGAGGAGAGGCAGGACUGUAAUACACACUUCUGCCCAGUUGAUGGAGUGUACAGCACAUGGAGCACUUGGGGAGAAUGCGAUGUUAGUUGUGGAGGUGGGGACCACUACAGGACUAGAGACUGUACAGGGCCAUACUAUGGUGGUCUGAAUUGUAGUGGAGCUCCUAUAGAACAGCAGCCCUGUAACACACACCAUUGUCCAGUUGAUGGUGUGUACAGUACAUGGACUGUGUGGGGAGAGUGCAGUGUGACAUGUGGGGGUGGUAACCACUCUAGAGACAGACAGUGUAUAGGACCAUUCUACGGGGGUCUAGACUGCCAGGAACCUCUCAACCAAACACAGGAUUGUAAUACACAAUUUUGUCCUGUUGAUGGAGUUUGGACAGACUGGGGUGAGUGGGGAUCAUGUAAUGUCAGCUGUGGUGGGGGGUCCAAGUUGAGGCACAGGCAGUGUAUACCCCCACAGUAUGGUGGAGCCGACUGUAUAGGAGGACCUGCUGGUGCAACAGACAUGACAACAUGCAGCACAGAACCAUGUCCCGUGGAUGGUGACUGGAGUCUGUGGUCAGGAUGGAGUGACUGCAAUACAACAUGUGGAGGUGGCAAAAGGCAGAAAUACAGGUUCUGUACAGAAUCACAGCAUGGAGGCAAUGACUGUGAGGGUCCAGAUACCCUCUUUGAGAGCUGUAAUGAGCACAAUUGUCCAGUUGAUGGUGUUCUGAUGACGUGGUCCCCUUGGAGUGACUGCAGUCUAACAUGUGGUGGUGGUGUGCAGAAUCGCAGCAGGGAAUGCCAUGGACCAUUCUACAAUGGCCAGGACUGUAAUGAGACAUUGUCCGAUUCCCAAGCCUGUAACACAAGAAGUUGCCCAGUUGAUGGAGAGUACUCAUCCUGGGAACAGUGGAGUGACUGUACUACUUCUUGUGGUGGAGGGACACGACUGCGUGAUAGGCAAUGUGGGGGAGCAGCUCAUGGUGGUAAACCUUGUGAAGGAGAAUCUGUGGAAACAGAAGUUUGUAACACACAUCAUUGCCCAAUUGAUGGUGUAUUUACAACAUGGGCAGCAUGGAUGGAUUGCUCAUUGUCCUGUGGUGGAGGGGAACAGUCAAGGUUUCGAGAUUGCAUUGGACCAUUUUAUGGAGGACUUGAUUGCAUUGGUCCAGCCAAUCAGUCUCAAGCAUGUAACGAGCACAAUUGUCCAAUAGAUGGUGUGUUUAGUAUAUGGACUGAGUGGGAUACAUGUGACGUAAGUUGUGCCGGAGGUCUACAGAGACGUCACCGUGAAUGCAUUGGACCAUUCUAUGGGGGUCUGGAGUGUGAAGGUGAUCACAAUCAGACGCAGGAGUGUAAUAUGUGGCCAUGCCCAGUGGAUGGUGCAUAUGAAACCUGGGUGUCAUGGAGCAACUGCAAUGUCACAUGUGGAGGAGGUUCACGUAAGAGAACCAGGAACUGCUUUGGACCAUUCUAUGGUGGAGCCAACUGUAGUGGAGACGACACAGAGAUUGAGGGUUGCAAUGAUAUGUUUUGUCCUGUUGAUGGAGUGCAUGAAGAGUGGACUGAGUGGGGCAAGUGCAGUGUGACAUGUGCAGGGGGAACAAGGACACGAAGCAGAACUUGUAAUGGACCCUACUAUGGAGGAGCUGACUGCCCAGAACCCAUGGUUGAAACACAGGAUUGCAAUGUAUAUGAUUGUCCAGUUGAUGGCACAUUCAGUCCUUGGACAGCUUGGGACGCAUGCAGUGUGAGUUGUGGUGGAGGUAUACAUGGAAGGACUAGGCAGUGUAACAAUGUAGCACAUGGAGGCAAGGACUGUGUGGGAGACCUGGAGGAAGUUGAGCCUUGCAACACACACAAUUGCCCAGUGGAUGGAAUAUUUGAGACAUGGACAGAGUGGAACCAGUGUAAUGUAACAUGUGGAGGGGGCACCCAGCUGAGGACCAGGGUAUGUUUGGGACCCUUCUAUGAUGGGGAGGACUGUGUGGGGGCUAGAGAGGAGAAGCAGGAUUGUAACACACACUUCUGCCCGGUGAAUGGAGUUGUUACACAAUGGGAGGAGUGGAGUAGAUGCUCCCUGACAUGUGGCGGAGGUGGCCAGAGCAGGAUUCGCACAUGUUAUGGCCCUUUCUACAAUGGGGCAAAUUGUACAGACCCCUUGGAUGAGACAAGAUCUUGCAACAUACACAACUGUCCAGUUGAUGGAAUUUAUGCAGACUGGGAACAAUGGGGAGAUUGCUCACUUAGCUGUGGAGGGGGAGCCAAGCAGCGAGAGCGUAGUUGUUUAGGGCCAUUCUAUGAUGGAAAGCCGUGUGAGGGAGAUAGCCAAGAGACAGCAGACUGUAACACUCAUCAUUGUCCAGUUGAUGGUGUAUACAAUACCUGGGGAUUAUGGAGCGAAUGCAGUGUUACAUGUGGUGGAGGUAUCAGAACCCGUAACAGGACAUGUGAUGGCCCAUAUUAUAAUGGGGAAGAGUGUCAUGGUCCCGACACACAGACAGAGAUAUGUGGAACAGAAACAUGUCUGAUUUCAGGACUAUGGUUAAGUUGGGAGACAUGGUCACCUUGCUCUACAACAUGUGGUGGAGGUUCCCGUUCCAGGGAGCGCCACUGUAAUACCACAUCAUUCGGGGACCGUACCAAAGAAUGUGAAGGAAACAGUACAGAGACCCAGGAUUGCCACACCUAUGACUGUGAACCAUAUGCUCGGACAUGUUCAGAGCUGAUGGAAAGAGGCUUACUUGAAAGCAGGCUUGCAGAGGUAGAUCCAGAUGGUGAAGAGUCGUCAUAUGGCCCUAUAUUUGUAUAUUGUGACUUGGAGAUGAUGGAUGGUGUAGGAGUCAUGGUGCUACAUCACAAUCAAGAGGAGAAAAUGGAGGUCCAGGGUUAUGAGGGUCCAGGAGAAUAUGAACAAGAUCUUGAUUAUGGCUUAGAGAUGAGUGAUGUCAUAGCCCUAGUGGACCGAUCAGAGUACUGUAGGCAGUAUGUUAAAUGGGAGUGCUACAAUGCAGCCAUUACUAGCCCCUAUGAUGUAGAAAGCAAGAACACAUUCUGGUCCAACAGGAAAAACAUACAAAAGUACUACUGGGGUGGUGCAGAUGUAGACAGCAAGGCCUGUGCCUGUUAUAUGAAUGAAUCCUGCGCCAGAAGCACUGAGUUGCCUGACCCUCCCCCCACUGUGUGUAACUGCGAUGCUAAUGAUAAUGUAUGGAGAUCUGAUGAGGGCUAUAUUGAACACAAGAAAGAUCUUCCUGUACAUACUAUCUUUGCUGGAGAGACAGGGGAACUACCUGAGAAAGGUAACAUAAGCGUGGGCCCACUUGAAUGUCAUGGUACUAACAAUGACAGCCUCUCUCACCCAGAAAAUUCUGAUGAAUUGGACUGGGACUAUGGAUAUUCAUACUACUAACUGAAGCUAUUGAGAAAAUGACACUGCUAUAGAUAAAAGUGGCAGCAGAGGAUAGAGAAAAAGUGGUGAAAGCAAUCUUUUCCAAAAGCAUGCAAUUUUGUCCUUUUGUUCUUCUGGUAAAUAAUUGAUCAAAUAUAGACUGGGGUUAUUAAAGAUUAAUAAGAUAAAGUCAAAAUUCUUUAAAAUUAUUGCCAGAUAAAAAUCAGAUAGGAUUGUUCAGAAAUGUUUGGCUUUUUAGAAAAUAGUUGUUAG